AUGAAUAAAAGUAAGAAAAUUGAGGAUAAAGGAAGCAAAAAAUCGCAUCUAGAGGCAUCUUUGAUGAAGAUGUUCAUCUUUGGAGUGGCUUUGUUUAUUCUCCAGAUGCUCGAACUAGGAUUCAUCUUCAACGGCCUUGCACUAAUAUUUGAUGUCCUGACAACUUAUCUGCAUUAUGUGCUGUACAGAGAUGAUCCAAAGAAGCCAAAUGAGCUCUUCCUGGCGUGGAUCCUGGGUGAUUUCAUCAAAAUAUACUUCAAUAUUUUUGUGUACAGAUCACCACUACUAUACACCUGUGCAAUACUGAGCCAGUUGGUUUUUGAUGUGCUCACUGUUCUAUCUGCACCAACUCCCAAAAUAGAUGUCAGCUACCUUGAAUAUUGA